CUCCUUUUUCUUUUGUCCGACUUUUGUUCUUUCCACCCAAGCAGAUUUGAGACAGGACUUUCUGCUCGCCGUCUUCACUGCCCUUGGCUGCUUUUCAAGCGUUCGGCACUACUUUACUAGAAGCAGGGUUCAGUGGUAUACUGAGGAUCCUUGAUCGUUAUCAAAAACAAUCCCCUCCAUCUCAAUUGCAUUCCGCGCAAUGCGCCAUAUUUGCCUACUCUAAUUCAUUUCCCGAAACAUUCUUCGUCAUACAUAUAACAACCCAGGAUGAGCGUAAUCUUCAGAAAGAUCCAAGCGAUCCAAGACUCGCUCUCCGAUGACAUCUUGAUGCCCCUCAAGAGCUACAAAUACCAGAGCGUCGACAAAUCUUACAUCUCGAAUUAUAUACUAAGACACUACUGGAAUGCAUUUGUUGAGAUUUUACCACUCUGGUUGGCCCCAAACAUGGUCACCCUACUGGGUUUCCUGUUCAUUGUUGGCAAUGUGAUGCUUAUAGAGAUCUAUAUGCCAGAUCUUGUGGGCCCGGGUCCCUCUUGGUUAUAUUACAGCUUCGCUUUUGGCAUGUGGAUGUACUCAACUCUGGAUAAUGUAGAUGGGAAACAAGCGCGCAGGACUGGAACUUCUAGUGGUUUGGGAGAGCUCUUUGACCAUGGUAUCGAUUCGCUCAACUGCACCCUGGCUAGUCUGCUUGAGACGGCAGCGAUGGGUUACGGUUCGUCCCAACUAGGUGCCUACACAGCUCUGGUUCCGUGCCUCGCAAUGUAUUUCUCGACUUGGGAAACGUACCAUACGCACACGCUUUACCUCGGUUAUUUUAACGGUCCCACCGAGGGUCUUCUUAUCGCAAUUGCGAUCAUGGUCGCGUCAGGUAUCUACGGUCCUCAGAUCUGGUCCCGACCGAUUGUUGAGUUCCUGAAUUACCCACAAAUCUUUGGCAACAACUCCAUGAAGGAUCUUUGGAUCCCGAUUCUCCUUGGAUCGUUUUUCCUUGGUCACCUUCCUGGUUGUGUGCUCAAUGUUGUGGCUGCGCGCCGGAAACAAGGCCUGCCGAUUACCCCCAUCUUCAAGGAAUGGGUGCCCAUGAUUGUUUUCACUGGCUGUAAUCUUGCCUGGCUUUUCUCCCCAUAUUCGACUCUCUUAGCCCAGAACCGACUGGUUCUGUACUGCUGGACCAUCUCUUUUGUCUUUGGGCGCAUGACGACAAAAAUUAUCCUUGCUCAUUUGCUGAGACAGCCAUUCCCUUAUUGGACGGUGCUGCAGACACCACUUAUUGGAGGCGCUGUCCUGGCUAAUCUGCCACGUGUGGGCCUUCCAAUGGUGAGCGCGUCUUUCGAGCUUCUCUACUUGCGUCUCUACCUUCUGUUCGCGUUUGUCGUGUACAUGCACUGGGCAUUCCUUGUGAUCAACCGAAUCACCACUUUCUUGGGGAUCAACUGCUUGACCAUUCGCCGGGACAAGUCAGUCGCCAGAGAACAAGCCUAUCGCGAGUUCGGAGAGGGCACACUUGCCCCUCUCAAUCCUAGCACCGACCCCAGCAAAGGCGGCUACAAGAGCCAUUAAUGGUAUUUACCCGGUGAAUUGAAGAGCUUCAACUGUCAAUACGUGUCCUCUCAGUACGUAUAUUCAUGUGGCCCUUCUUUUUCCCUUCCAUAAACCGAUGUCGGGACAAAACGGAAAAGCGGUCUCCGGUCGAACUUCCUUGCGACGGAUCAAGCGACUCGUUGGUCCAACCACUUCGGUGACGUUUGAGUUGUCCAGGCUCGAUGAUUUUCAUGUUCUCUUUUCCCUUAUGUCUGACAUACCGAUUGAUGAACUUAUGACUGCAGUAAAUGGGACACGUGGACGAGCAGGGGCUAGUGAUGGACAAGUGUCAGUAUAUAUAGAUCAUAGAC